GAUUCUUGUCAGAAUGGUUCAUCAAACCUGAUUUAAAUUGCGUUUGUAUAUUGUAGACUUAAGCGUACUUUAUUCAGUUAUAACAAAUGUUGUUUGUAGUAUAUCUAAUAAUUUCAAUUAAUUGGUGUGUAGCGGAAAAACAUAAUUUUCUUCUAAUAAUCGUUGAUGAUUUAAGAACAACUUUAGGAUGUUACGGCGAUCAAAAUGCUUAUACGCCACACAUAGACCGAUUAGCAAAAGGAGCUGCCAUUUUUUCGCAAGCAUUUGCUCAGCAAGCCUUGUGUGCACCAAGUAGAAACUCUUUUUUAACCAGUAGAAGACCGGAUACACUUAAACUUUAUGAUUUUUAUAGCUAUUGGCGGGAAGAUAGUGGCAAUUUUACAACAUUGCCUGAAUAUUUGAAAAAUCAUGGAUAUAUUACCAAAUCUAUAGGAAAAGUUUUCCAUCCAGGAAUCAGUUCAAACCACUCUGAUGACAGCCCUUACUCAUGGACAGAAGUACCUUUUCAUCCUUAUACAGAAAGAUAUAAGGAUGCACCAGUUUGUCAAACGUCUCAGAAAAUACCACCUGCACAAAAUCUUAUAUGCCCAGUUAAAGUUUCAUCAAUGCCAAAUAAGACUUUACCAGACAUAGAAAUUCUACAAGAAGCUAAACGUUUUAUACAAAAUUAUGCAAGCAGUCCUGCUCCUUUCUUUUUAGCAGUUGGAUUUCAGAAACCCCAUAUACCAUUCAAAUAUCCUAAAAGAUAUUUAAAAUAUCAUCCACUGCAUAAAUUUGAAGUACCAUAUCCGUAUAAAUGGCCAGAAAAUAUUAGUAGUAUUGCUUAUAAUCCCUGGAUAGAUUUAAGGAAAAGAAAGGACAUUGAAAGUUUAAAUCUCAAUUUUCCAUGGGAAAAGAUACCAGGAAGUUUUGGAAAAUUAAUUAUACAAUCUUAUUAUGCAGCUGUGACUUAUAUUGAUGACUUAAUUGGUAAAUUAAUAAAUCGUUUAGAAAUUCUAUCGCUUCGACGGAAUACUACCAUAAUACUAAUGUCUGAUCAUGGAUGGUCACUGGGCGAACGUGCAGUGUGGGCCAAAUAUAGCAAUUUCGAUGUUACUCUGAGAGUACCUUUAAUAAUAUCGAUUCCAAGCUUAAAAAAUAAUUCGCUAUUAAAAAAACAAUUAACUAUAGAUUCUAUGGUGGAAUUAGUUGAUAUUUUUCCAACCAUUGCAGAUUUAGCAAACAUUCCGAUCUCAAUUUGCCUUAAAGAAAAUGGCAAAAAAAACACUACACAAAUAGAAGAAAAAUGUUCGGAAGUCGUUUGCAGCGAAGGAGUUUCUCUUAUGCCGCUUAUAAGAGCCGCUACAACGCAAGAAUUGCUGCCAUGGAAAAAUGCAGUUUUUGGACAAUAUCCAAGACCAGGUAUUAAGCCUUCUAUGAAUCCAAACAGUGACGAACCUCGAUUGAAGGAAAUAAAAGCUAUGGGAUACACUUUGAGGACACGUAGAUAUCGUUACACAGCUUGGCUGCAAUUUAAUCCGGAAACAAAAGUAUCAAAUUGGAAUGACAUCAUCGCAGAAGAAUUGUACGAUCAUAAAAUUAAUAAUGCUGAGAAUAAAAAUUUAGUAGACUUUCCGAGGUAUCUGAAAAUAAAAACGAAAUUGAAAGUUUUACUAAAACGCGGCUGGAGAUAUGUUUUGCCUAAAAAAUGAACUUUUAAUUUCUGGAGUUUAUAGCUGUUAAAUGUGUAUGUCGUAAAAGGUAAAUUUUUAUUAUACACAUACUAUUUUAUUCUAUUAAUGACAGUAUUAUAUUAAGAAAGAUUAUACUAACAUUAUAUUACAUUAAU